AUGUCUGCUCUUAUCAAAAGAUCUCCAGCAGCAGCAAUCAAAUCUGCCGUUCUGGCCCGUCAAUCGGUCCUUUCGGCCACUCGCAAAUACUCCCGAACUAUUACCCCCCCGCACUUUGCUCUAACCCAAUCAUCAUUUCAUUAUAAAUUCAACAACAAUAACAAUAAUAACAAUAAUCUUCAUCUUCUUUUUACUUCAAAUCGUAAAUAUUCUACAGAAUCUUCGCCAUCAACUUUAAGUGAACCAGACCCAGCACUUGAACGGAAACUUGUUAGAGACCCUGUUUCUCAAUAUGAUUUCCUCGUAGCCAACGGAAAGAUCCGUAACGACCCUCAUCAGCGGCUUAUGCUCUCAAAUCUUUCAUCACUCCAUGAAGAACUCCUAGCCUACACCCCACCCAAAAUUGAAGUCGACCCUCCAGCAUCUUCCUCCUCCUCAUCUUCAGGGUUUUCCUCAUUCUUUGGGAAACUCCUUGGAUCUUCCUCCAGUAACUCUGAAACUUCUCUCAAAAGCUUUCAGGGUCCCUCCACGUUGCCCAUUGGCUGCCAACCUAAUGGCAUUUACCUUUUUGGUGACGUUGGGUCUGGUAAAACAAUGCUCAUGGACAUGUUCUACACAACUGUCCCCCCACACUUGACUAAAAAACGAAUCCAUUUUCAUGCCUUUAUGCAAGAUGUCCAUAAAAGAUCCUUCAGACUUCACCAGCUCCAUGGCCAGGAUUACGAUACCGCCCCUACAAUUGCCCGUGAAAUCGCCAGCGAAGCUAACGUCUUAUGUUUUGACGAGUUCCAGGUUACAGAUGUCGCCGAUGCUAUGAUUUUAAGACGAAUUCUAGAAAACUUAUACUCGCCCCAGCUCGGUACAGUCAUCUUUAUGACCUCAAAUAGAGUCCCCGAUGAGCUCUACAAGGAUGGUAUCCAGCGUAAAUCUUUCAUUCCAACUAUCGAGCUUAUCAAACUCAAGUCUCACGUCAUGUACCUCGACUCCCCUACUGAUUACCGUAAAAUCGAGCGCCCAUCCCAGGGUACUUAUUUCUCUCCACCCCAUGGAAAGACUCUUGACGAUGUCCGCGAAGAAGCCACUGCACAUGCAGACCGCUGGUUUCAUUACUUUGCCCACGGCAAACCUGCAGAAUAUAAUGUUGCGCUCCACAUUUGGGGUCGCCCGGUAAACAUCCCCAAAUGCGUUGUUGGUGCUGUUGCUCAGUUUUCGUUUAAAGAACUGUGUGAGACUCCCAUGAGUGCUGCAGAUUAUCUCGAAAUUACACGUAACUUUGAUUCCAUUGUUAUUACAGAUAUCCCUCUUCUUUCUGUUCGCGAACGUGACGUGACCAGAAGAUUUAUCACCUUUUUGGAUGCCGCGUAUGAGUCCCAUACCAAAAUGGCAGUCACCUCGGCAAGACCCUUUGAGCACAUUUUCAUUGAUGAAAUCCCCACCUAUGGCCAAAAAUCACGUAUCGUGCUUGAGGCUGAGGAAAAGGCUCGUAAAGAGGCAAAGGAGGUCCGUAAAGAGGCUCUCGAAGAUGAUGAAAACGACGACAUUUUGUCAAAAGAAAACAUGUUUUCCGGAGAAGAAGAACGCUUUGCCUUUGCGCGUGCUCUAUCCCGUCUCAAGCAAAUGGCGUCCAAGGAAUGGCACGAGUACGUUGUUCCCAAGUAA